AUGAGCGCAAUCUACCGCAUGGUCCAAGGUCAGUCAGAUGAGAGUCGUUCUAUGCGAUUUGACCCUUUGCUCACUCAAGUGUACCUCACAGAGACCCAAGACUCCCUCUCCGACGAUGCCCUCCUGCCCCUUAAGUCCUACAAGUACUCGAGUGUCGACAAGUCAUUUAUUUCCAACUAUAUUCUGAGGCACUAUUGGAAUGCAUUCGUCGAGUUGGUGCCGAUGUGGAUGGCCCCCAACAUGGUGACCCUCCUCGGAUUCGUGUGGAUCGUGGCCAAUGUGUUCUUGAUUGAACUGGCAGUGCCGGACAUGGUGGGACCUGGCCCCGCUUGGAUUUACUUCAGCUUCGCUCUUGGCAUGUGGAUGUAUUCUACCCUCGACAAUGUCGAUGGAAAGCAGGCUCGUCGCACCGGAACAUCCAGCGGACUCGGAGAACUUUUUGAUCACGGAAUCGAUUCUCUGAACUGCACCAUGGCUAGUUUGCUUUCCACUGCUGCUAUGGGCUUCGGAUCUACUCAGCUCGGUGCCUGGACUGCGCUCGUUCCCUGCUUGGCCAUGUACUUCUCGACAUGGGAGACUUUCCACACCCACACCUUGUACCUCGGGUACUUCAACGGCCCAACCGAGGGUCUUCUGAUCGCCAUCAGCAUUAUGAUCGCGUCUGGAAUCUGGGGUCCUGGCAUCUGGUCGCAACCCAUCACCGACCUCAUCAACUGGCCCCAAGUCUUCGGUAGCAGCUCUAUCAAGGAUUUGUGGGUGCCUAUUUUGCUGGUUGGCUUCUUCCUCGGUCACCUUCCCGGAUGUGUUAUGAACGUGGCUGCUGCCCGCAAGAAGCAGGGCCUGCCUUUCACACCCCUUCUCAAGGAAUGGAUCCCCAUGGUCGUCUUCACUGGCUGCAACAUGGCUUGGCUCUUUUCCCCUUACUCGACUAUCUUGUCCGGCAACCACCUCGUUCUGUUCUGCUGGGUCCUCGCCUUCGUCUUUGGUCACAGCCCUUCCCCCUGCUGGACCAUUUUGUUGGCCCCGCUGGUCGUCGGCUCCGUUCUCAUCAACCUUCCCAUCCUUGGAUUCCCCGUCAUUGCUCCGUGGUUGGAGCUCCUUUACGUUUGGGUUUACCUUGGAUUCGCAUUUGUUAUCUAUAUGCACUGGGCCGUGCUCGUGAUCAACCGCAUUACUACCUUCUUGGGUAUCAACUGUCUCACCAUUCGCAAGGACCGCGGCCCCGCUCGCGACAGAGCUUACCGCAACCUUGCUGGUGAAACUCAGCUUGAUGACCCUCGUGCCUCAACCGACACCUCCAAGACCCACUAA